AUGUUAUUUGGGUUUAGAGUUUGGGUAGCUACUGUCCUAAGCACCUAUAUAGACAAGACACUUAUCUCUUUGAAUGAAUCGAUAAAAGCAUUUGUUCAAGAAUGUCUUUUUUAUCGACCUGGUUACCUCAGCUACUUUGAACAGAGAAACAGAAUUAAAAAGAGACCUCCUCCAUCACCAACUACACCACCACUUCAACAACCACCUUUAACUGUACCAUUGGGAAAAUACGAUACCAGCAACAGUAACAGCAGCAGUAACAAUAGAUAUAAUAGUAAUAACAGUGGAAUUCAUUCCAAUCCUCCAUUAAUUGGUCGUAGUAGUAGUAAUACUUCACAACAAAUCAACAACAACAAUGUAAAUAAUACUACAGUGAAAAGAAGAAAACCUAUGGGUAAAAGGAGAUCAACACCUUUUGUACAAUUAUUAAAUGACUCUGAUAGCAGUGGAGCUAGUUCACCCAACAACUCAUCCUUUUCAUUAUCGUCGACGGUCAACAAUAAAUCACAACCAUCUCAACAACAACAACAAGUAGAUGACAAUACCAACCAUUUAGCAUCAUCGAUGCCAUCUAUACAUUAUUCACCAAAGAAAGGAAUGAAACAAUCGGCAUCAACUUCAUCGAUCAAACGAAUAAGUAGUAGUGAAUUUUUAUCAUCAAUGAAACAUCAUCCGACUACUACUACUACAACACACAAUGCUGUGAAUGAAUCAACAGCCAAUCAUAAUAACCUCGACCGUCCAACAAACACUACUGAAAGAAAAAGAAAACAAAAGAAAUUAUAUUAUAUUAAUAGAGAUUUAGUACAUCAUCACGAACAAAUUACAACAGGAUUUUUGGAGGAUAUUAGAACCAAUAUAUUACUGUUUUUCGAUACUGUAUUUUAUUGGUUACGAACAUCACUUCAAUCACUUUUAAAUACUUUGGCAUCAUUUAAAAUUAGAAAUUUGAUUGUAUUGAUUAUUACCUUUCCAUUAUUUUUACCAUAUUAUAUUUUAACUAAUAUAUUUUUCAAAAAAGUAAAGGAUAUACCAAAUCGAUUGAUAUCAGACAAGGAAUUGGAUAUAAGAAGUGUAAAGGAAAUUAUUGAACAAGCAGGAUACCCUUAUGAACAAUACCACGUUACGACAGAGGAUGGUUAUAUAUUGCUUUUGGAACGAAUUCCAAACCCAAAGUCUAAAAACAUAUUGUAUCUUCAACAUGGUGUAUUUGAUAAUAGUUUUGCAUGGGUUGCAAAUGGACCGACUCAAUCAUUGGCAUUUGCAGCACAUGACCUUGGAUACGAUGUAUUCCUUGGUAAUCUUCGUGGUAACGGUGAAAGACUACACACUGAAAACAAUAUAUCGACCAAACAAUAUUGGGACUUUUCAAUCAACGAACAUGCAUUUUUGGAUAUUCCCUCAUUUAUCCAAGUGAUUAGACAAGUCAAAAUCAAAGAAUUAUCAAAAUUUAAUGAUAUUGUUUCACCUGAUGAUAUCAAUAUUUCAGCUGUUGCUCAUUCUAUGGGAGCAGCAUGUAUAUUAAUGUAUAUAGUAAUGAUGGGAAUAUUAAAAAAGAAUCAUCAUCUAAGUAGAGCCAUUUUAUUGUCACCUGCAGGAUAUCAUAGAAAGGCACCAAAGAUAUGUGAUAUCCUCGGACCGUUGAUCAACGUGUGGCUGUGGUUCUGUCCAAUGCAUGUAUUCAAGUUCCCAUCCGACACGAUUCGUGUGAUUAUCGCCAAGAUUUACCACGACGUGAUUAGCAAUACACCAACCAAGGAUCUAAUGGUAUACCUUGGCUCGAGAUUCCUUCUUGGGGGAGACACGAAAAACCAUCCACUCGAAAAGAUCCACAACUUGGCCUACAACACAUUUAGUGGCACAUCGGUCAAACUUUACAAACACUUUUGGCAAAUGAGAAAAGCAAGAAAAUUCCAAGCCUAUGACUAUGGUUCCAAACAAAAGAAUAUCAAUGUCUAUGGUACUCCAGAUCCAUUAAACUUUUUAGAUCAUUAUGAUGUAAUUAAUAUACCAAUUCACUUUGUCAUGGGAUUAAAAGAUAAUUUAAUUGAACCAGAGAAUAUUAUAAAACAUUAUGAAACUUUGAAAAAGUAUCAUCCGGAAUUAUCAUUCCUCAAGGCCAGUAAAAGCGGUCACAUUGAAUUCACCUUGGGUUUGGACGAUCAAAUUUUAUCUUAUAUUUUGAGAGUACUUAGUUCUAACCAAAUUACAACCGAUUAG